UUUCACAUUAUCGUAGUGCAUUGUUGCUUUCUCAUCUUGCCAAAAUUUAUAAACCGAAUUAAAAAAAUUUAGACUAUUAACAUUUGAAAUGAAAUCAGAAAAGGAUGAAGAAAGGAAACAUGAAUGCACUGAAUGUGGACAAACUUCUAAGACAAAACACCACUUAAAAUAUCAUAUGAGAACUCAUACUGGAGAAAAGCCGUAUGCUUGCGAUGAUUGCGGCAAAAGAUUUUCGCAGCCUGGAAAUUUAACAAGACACAAAAAAGUACACUCAGACAAACGAGAAUUCAAAUGCAGCUAUAAAAACUGCGCAUAUAGUAGUAACUAUAGAACGAAUUUUCAAAGACACGUCAAUCGAAUACAUUUACAAACAAGUUCUUCUCAAUCAAGCGUAGAAUAUAUUCAAGAUGAAUAUGAAAAGGUAGACAAAUAUCAGAAAGCAGCAAUGGAAAAACCAUCAACGAGUGGACAAAGAUUUCAAUCAGUAGACUAUGAAGAAAAAACUGAAAUUCUGAAUAGAGAGGAAUUUUUAGACAUGAAUGAACUAGAACCUUUACCAGAAUUGGAAAUAUUAUCAGAAGUGAUAGUUGAAGGAGUCGAACUAGAAUGUCACAUCUGUCAAAAGAAAUUUGACAACGAAGAAUCUCGUAGAGAACACGAAACAAAAUUUCAUACAUUUAUUGUUUUAAAAUAAAA